CUCAGACGUACGCCAGAGACUGCAGCAGCGAGCGGGACCAUCAGGCUCUCCCCCCUUUCCUCCAUCGUAGUGGAAAAUACAGGAACACACCAGAAGACAGUGGCGACAUCUCUCAAGGAUUCGUACAGGUCUCAAUUGGUGUGGACUCCUGAAUGCCACUAUCCCUCCCAAGGGGCUGGCUCCAUCCGUCCUGACUGGUCCCAACCAAAAGGGUGUAGGAUGCCCUGCUCUGCGCCUCUUUGCUGAGGAGGCGUCAGCAGGCAGCAGCAUGGGCACAGAUUUAGCCGAAAUCCCCACCACCACCACCAUUACCUCUAUCACCUAUCUCUCUACCACUCUACCACAUCCUCCACGCUGCCCCCCCAAACCGGGCACCCCGACCGGCCCCUCUGAUGGGCGAAGACACUGACUCCAGCGAGAAUUUAAACCACCGCGGCUUCCUCCCAGACCACAACUAUGUGACUGACGGGCUGCUCCUGGCUAUAGCCUGAAGAGCUCCGCCCAUCCCGUCCACCCCUCUCCACCCUGGAGUCCUCCCCCAGGAUGUUGAGCCCCAUCCAGGUGCUGUGCUCCGACAUCACUACCCUUUCUCUGGAGCCCGAGCAGUUUGCCUCUUACACUGAAGCUGAUAUCAUCUCCACUGUCGAGUUCAACCACACUGGAGAGCUGCUGGCCACAGGGGACAAAGGAGGCCGAGUGGUCAUCUUUCAGAGAGAACCUGAGAGCAAGACUGAGCCCUUCUCACAGGGAGAGUACAACGUCUACAGCACCUUUCAGAGCCAUGAGCCCGAGUUCGACUACCUUAAAAGUUUGGAAAUUGAGGAGAAAAUCAACAAAAUCCGAUGGCUGCCUCAACAGAACGCAGCACACUUCCUCCUGUCCACCAACGAUAAGACCAUUAAGUUGUGGAAGGUGAGUGAGCGAGACAAGCGGCCAGAGGGAUACAACCUAAAGGAUGAGGAGGGCCGUAUCAAGGACAUCUCCACUGUCACGUCUCUACAGGUGCCUGUGUUGAAGCCCAUGGACCUGAUGGUGGAGGUGAGCCCGCGCAGAGUCUUCGCUAACGCUCACACGUACCACGUCAACUCCAUCUCUGUGAACUCGGAUUAUGAGACCUACAUGUCUGCAGACGACCUGCGGAUCAACCUGUGGCACCUGGACAUCACUGACCGCAGCUUCAACAUUGUGGACAUUAAACCUGCCAACAUGGAGGAUCUGACGGAAGUGAUCACAGCUGCGGAGUUUCACCCUCAUCACUGUAACCUGUUUGUCUACAGCAGCAGCAAAGGAACUCUGCGUCUGUGUGACAUGAGAGAGGCAGCGCUCUGUGACAAACACUCCAAAUUAUUCGAGGAGCCUGAGGACCCCAGCGCUCGCUCGUUCUUCUCAGAAAUAAUUUCCUCUGUGUCAGAUGUCAAAUUCAGUCACAGCGGCCGUUACCUGCUCACGAGGGACUACCUGACGGCCAAAGUCUGGGACCUCAACAUGGAGAGCAAGCCCCUGGAGACAUACCAGGUCCAUGAUUACCUCCGAAGCAAGCUGUGCUCACUUUACGAGAACGACUGCAUCUUUGACAAGUUUGAGUGCGCCUGGAAUGGCACAGACAGUGUGAUCAUGACGGGAGCCUACAAUAACUUCUUCCGCAUGUUUGACCGAAACACCAAACGUGAUGUGACUCUGGAAGCAUCGAGAGAAAGCAGCAAACCCCGAGCCGUCCUGAAACCUCGGAGAGUUUGUGCUGCAGGAGGAAAGAGACGGAAGGACGACAUCAGCGUGGAUAGUCUGGACUUUACCAAAAAGAUCCUACACACCGCCUGGCACCCAAACGAAAAUAUCAUCGCCAUCGCUGCCACCAACAACCUGUACAUAUUUCAGGAUAAACUCAACUCGGAGAUGCAUUGAUGGAGCAAUUUGAGCUGGGAACAAGUUUACACACAACUACUAUGCCACUAUGCGAAACAUGCAGACACCCAUGAAUAUGCCUCAAGAGGCUGACAGAUCUAGGUCUAUACCCCCCGCUCCCCCCCAUGUCCUCCCUGGGCUCCCAGAACUGAGCGAGCGAGCGGACUAGAAGGGAACGGGCUGGAUUAUGCAAUUGAUUGUGGAUUAGUAAAAAUGUCUAAACGGAGGAUUUCUUGAUUUUUAACCUCUGGACUGAGCGUGUUUUAUUUUUUGGCUACUUCAGACAUUUUACAUUUUUGGGUAUCCCUGUUUUUUUUACACACCCCACCUGCGUAUUCCCCUCUUUGUUUUGAAUGACCCUGUUUUACCAGCACCAUGGAUUAAAAAAAUAGGGCAUUUAUUUAAUGUAAAUGGCUGUUUCUUACAGCUACCUAAAUUCAUAUGCUUCUUAUGGAAUGAUGUAAAUGAUGGUAAAUAUGAAGACAGUGAUAAUGUGUGAUGUGAAAUGAGUCGGACCCUGGACCCUUUCUGUUUAAACCCAAGUGCACCUAGACACCAGUCUCUCCAUAAUUCAGGAGUAAAACGUACAGCUGAGCUGAGGUCAGUGAGUUCAUUGAUUUAACUGAAGCAGAUUUGACAAAUGGGCUGAAGUGAGGAGACACAAACUGCUGCACCCACUGCUUUAGCCAGUGUUUCACAGGCCUUCAUCUGCUCCUCGUGUACUUUCUGGUCUGCCUUCUGUACUGUCGUCAAUACUCAAAGUCAAUCAAGCAAAAAACAGAUAACCUACAUAAUGUCACCAAUCAAACAUAUGCUGCAUGUUAAACAAAUUUAACCUACUGCUGUUUAGAAACUGACUGACAUGGCUGCCUUCUAACCUAUUUAGACCCAGCUGUACAAAGGCUUCUUGGGCCUGGAGCCCUAUGCAGCACUAUAGAGGACCGAGCCCAUACUUUCUUUGUGUCUCUGACACAGACGCAUGUUUACCAGUGUCGGCUCAUACACUUGUACAUUUGAAUGAUCAGUUUCUAAUCUGAAACUGAGAACCAAUGAAAAUGGCGAAUGUUUCUGAUUAAUGUAAUCUAAAAAUAAAAUAAUAAUGGGCUAAAAUGUGUCUGUAUAAUAAACCAUUUCUGUACAUGUUUGAUUUUUGUAACUCAUGACCAAAACAUUGAUCCAAGUGUAACUUCCAUCACUGAUGAAUGUUUUCGGAGCUUCACUGCAGAAUGUUUAUUUUUAGAAACUUUUUAUUUUAAUGAGCGUCCGUCAUUUCACUGUCCAUACCCUCAAGUGUCACAUAUUUUUGUUAAUGAAUG